CUAAUUGUACAUCCCAUUACACACUCUCAUUGCAAUUGGUCACUACAAUAAAUAAAUCACCAAGCCCAAAUAAGUCGAUCCAAAAAAAAAAAAAAUCUACAAAAUACAUCCACGACCAUAAUAAUGAAAUUAUUAAUAAUUAGUACUAUUAUUCCUUUCCACAUUAAAAAAAAAAGUAUAAAAUUGAUGAAACGUCCCUCAUAAGUUAAUAACUUCAUAAUUCAUAAAACUCAAUACUGAUCACUAGAAAUGGAUGAGACCACCACCGCAAUCAUGGCAGCACUAGCGACACUCCCAGCUCCUCAACUCUCAAAUCUCACUCGCUCUAUCUUCUCUGAAACCCUUCUCCAGCGCCGUCGUCUCGCCGCCAUACUCUCAUCACCAACUCUUUUCUCUUUAACCCUCCACCGCCUUCAUCACCUCUCUCUCCAAGACAAGACUCUCCUCAUCGCUCGCUAUCUCCUCUCUUCUCUCCGCCACCUCACCCUCAAAACCACUAAUAACAAUACUUUUUCUCUCAGAACAAGAGACUACGACGCCGUUUUGCUACUCCUCCACUUAUGCGAAGUACGCCAGCACAACCCGGAAGCGCUCGAAACGUUGCCGUUCCACCACUGGCGACUAACCCUCCGCGGUCUCUACACCGAGACUCUCUUGUCGUUUGGCUCUGUAGGCAUUGGAGUCCACAACGGGUCGUUGUUGGUUCCUUACAUAGAAAUGGUUGCAAGGUGUUUGAGGUUCGUCGUUAUCGGUAGCGGUGGUGACGUGGCAGCCUCCGUGUCCGCGGUUGUGGCGCUGCCUUCUGUGACGGUGGUCGGUGGUGGCGUUGAGUGUGUGAUAUGUAAGGAGGAGAUGAGAGAAAGGAGAGAAGUGUGUGAGCUGCCGUGUCGACACGUGUAUCAUUGGAAGUGUAUCCUUCCUUGGUUUAAGAUGAGGAACACGUGUCCUUGCUGUAGGUUUCAGCUUCCUACCGAUGAUCUAUUUGGGGAGAUCCAACGGCUGUGGAGCCUCCUCCUCAAGAUGAGCGGGACUGGUUUCAAGGAAUGAUUUGGUUCGGCUUGACUUUAUUACACGUGGCAAAAUCAGAACGGGCGUAGAUAGUUCGAUGAGAUCAAUGGUCUUAAAUUGAAUGACUUGAUAUUGA